AUGAGAGCGAAGAGCACAAUAAUGCUGAGCAUCGUAAUAGUUUUUUACGUUACUCUUCUAGUAAUUAGCGAUGGUGUGGUUGAAGGCAGUGAAGGAGGAGAUGGGUUGAGUGAUGAGAAGCUGUUCAAUCCGUAUGGGCGAAGGCAUUGGUGUGGUGGUGGAUUGGGCCGUGGGAUUUACAGCCGGGGAUUUAGACGUAGUACUGGAUGCUCCGGUGACGCUGGGCCCGGUGGUGGUGGUGUGGAGCGACCGGAGGUGGCGUUGGUGGCGGAAUUAGAGGUGGAGCCGGAGGUGGUGCGGAGCGGUGGCGGUAUCGGUGGUGGAGGUGGUGCCGGUGGUGGACUUGGCGGGGCGGAGGCGGUGCGGGUGGGGAGUGGUGGGAGGAGUUGGUGGUGA